AUGCAGCCCUGCAUCCACACUUAUGCUGUGCUGUGCUGUGCCAUGCUGAAACGAGCCAAUGCGGUGUUUUUUUCAGUGGCGUUUUUCGAGCGGAUUUGGCAGCAGUGGGAGGCAGUGAAGGGGGAGGACGACCUGGUGUCGUUCCACGACUUUGUGAAGCUUGUGGCGCUCGUCUUCAGAAAGGGGCGCUGGCACAUGGACCGGCAUAUCGGCCUGCAGGUGGGUGGCACAUGGACCGGCACAUCGGCCUGCAGGUGGGUGGCACAUGGACCGGCACAUCGGCCUGCAGGUGGGUGGCACAUGGACCGGCACAUCGGCCUGCAGGUGGGUGGCACAUGGACCGGCACAUCGGACUGCAGGUGGGUGGCACAUGGACCGGCACAUCGGCCUGCAGGUGGGUGGCACAUGGACCGGCACAUCGGCCUGCAGGUGGGUGGCACAUGGACCGGCACAUCGGCCGGCAGGUGGGUGGCACAUGGACCGGCACAUCGGCCUGCAGGUGGGUGGCACAUGGACCGGCACAUCGGCCUGCAGGUGGGUGGCACAUGGACCGGCACAUCGGCCUGCAGGUGGGUGGCACAUGGACCGGCACAUCGGCCUGCAGGUGGGUGGCACAUGGACCGGCACAUCGGCCUGCAGGUGGGUGGCACAUGGACCGGCACAUCGGCCUGCAGGUGGGUGGCACAUGGACCGGCACAUCGGCCUGCAGGUGGGUGGCACAUGGACCGGCACAUCGGCCGGCAGGUGGGUGGCACAUGGACCGGCACAUCGGCCUGCAGGUGGGUGGCACAUGGACCGGCACAUCGGCCUGCAGGUGGGUGGCACAUGGACCGGCACAUCGGCCUGCAGGUGGGUGGCACAUGGACCGGCACAUCGGCCUGCAGGUGGGUGGCACAUGGACCGGCACAUCGGCCUGCAGGUGGGUGGCACAUGGACCGGCACAUCGGCCUGCAGAGGGACGUGUGCGCACUGGGGCACAUAAAGUACGACUUUGUGGGGCGGUUUGAGAGUCUGGAGGAGGAUGCCAAGUAUGUGGUGAACCGAUUCGGAGGCGACCAUCUCGACAUCUUCAACUUCGGUGUCAACGCGCACCAGACCCGCUCGGAUGAGAAGCUCGUGGAGAUGUAUGACAAGGUGAGAAGAAGCUGGUGGUUACUGGAAUAUCAUUAUGUCGUCCUCUCCCUCCUUUUCCUCUUCCUCCUCCUCCUCCUCCUCCUCCUCCUCCUCCUCCCCCCCCUCCUCCUCCGCGUCCUCCUCCUCCCCCCCCCCUCCUCCUCCUCCUCCUCCUCCUCCUCCUCCUCCUCUCCCUCCUCCUCCUCCUCCUCCUCCUCCUCCUCCUCCUCCUCCCUCCCCUCUUCCUCCUCCUCCUCCUCCUCCUCCUCCUCCUCCUCCUCCUCCUCCUCCUCCUCCUCCUCCUCCUCCUACCCCUCCUCCUCCUCCUCCUCCUCCUCCUCCUCCUCCUCCUCCUCCUCCUCCUCCCUCCCCCCCCCUCUCCGGCCUCCCUAA